UAGGGCCAAAUUGUUCGAAUAUAAAUUGAAACGGAUGUAGUAUGAAAAAAAAUCCUUAUUUUGUUCGAAUUAGAAUUGAACAUGAAGAUUAAAAAAAUUAGACAAAAAUAAACUUUCAUUUUUAAUGCAGGUGGGCUUUGGUGAAGGACAAGGUUGUAAAACAAAAAAUGGAGUAUUAUGUGAUGCAUAAUACGUUAGGUGUGUCACAAGAUACCCAAUUACGGGUAUUGAUUCUAUUGAAAGCAAUUGUUGAUGAAGGAGGAAGUGAUAUUUUUAAGUUUGGACACAAUAUAAUGAAGGAAAGAUGGGAAGGACUAACCACAAUCUUGUCUACUUCAUCGCGCUUCUCCCUCCAACAUAUACCUCCACAAUUCUGCUCUUUCUAUCAACGAGUCAGAGGACCUUCCCCGGCAUAUGCAUGGUUGAAGUGUGAAAGAGAAGAAGAUGAAGAUUGUUAUCAAGUGCUAAAAGAAGCCGGAAUCCUCGGUCGUAGGGGUCGAUUAUUCGGAGCUGGAGACCGCUUUGUACGCCUCAGCUUGCUAAGAAGCCAAGAUGAAUUCGAUUCUCUUUUGUAUAACUUAGAAAUAUUGAUUUCCACUAAAUUUGGAAAUCAUUCCAAAACCAUAUGAGUUUGUAAUAAUUGAAUUGGUCUUAUACAUACAUAUUGUUUGAAGAAUUACAUUGACUCAUCUACAAGAUUGUAUGGGCAUAAUUCUUGUUUGGAAUCAUAUACUCCCUCCGUAAAUUUUUAUUUGCAACUUAAGAGUGUUUUGCGGUUCACGAGGCAAAACUUAAGGGGCAAAUAUUAGAGGAAGAAUAAUGGUGAUUAAUAUAUUAUAGGAGUAUGUAAUUAAGGUGGAAAGUGAAUGUUUGGAUAAUUAAUCAACCACCCACUGCCACCACCAAGACCAGCCAACACCACCGCCGCCUUCACCAACACCACUACCACCCCCACGAAACCACCACCGCAACCAACCCCACGAAACCACCACCACCCUGGUUCUAAAAAAUCGAACAAAAUCCAAAAAAAAUCUGGCAGCUCCACUACCGCCCCCACAAAACCACCACCACCUUAACCCUAAAAAAUCAAACAAAAUCCAAAAAAAACCUAGAAUUUUCGAAAAUAAAUCACCUAAAAAAAUCGAAAAAAAAAUACAAAAUUGUAGAUCUACAAUAAUCAACAAGGAAAAUUAACAAUAGAAAUACAAUACAAAAACAUACAAUAAGCUUACAAAACAGAAAAUUAACAAUAAAAAUUGUAAAUCUACAAUAAUCAACAAUAAAAACACGAAACAAAAACGAAAAACGAAACAAAUCAAACUGUAGAUCCCAUUUUGCAGCGGCGAACGGUGUCUUCGUUGUCUUCGUUGUCGAGCUUUGAAGCUGUACACCCCAUUUUUAUGGGUUAGUUUUACAGAGAAAUUUGAGAGGA